UUCAAGAAAAUCUGAUUUUUUGUGAGUUUUUUUGCAGAAUGGAACCUUUGUACACUAAGCCAUGUGACUCCAGAAUAAUUGGCAUAUUCAAAGGAUUUCGGAAUCACACUAAAAUGUUACAUACUGACACCACUCAACUGAGACAUAAAGCAAUCAUGAUACCUUUGUCAUUGAUUGAUAAAGAUGAAUACAAUGCGGUAGCGCUUAUACCGCUCAUGCAUUCAGUUUGAUUAGUUAGUCAAGUAAGUCAGUAAGGCAGGGUUUUUGCCUUUUUUAUUGCAUGUUAUCCUGAUUUUGAUCCAAAGACUAUGAAUAAUGUGUGUGUGUGUGUGUGUGUGUGUGCGUGUGCGUGCGUAUUUCAGUAUCGAAUUUGUUUAUUCGGUGAUGGACAGACAUCUGUUGUACCAAUCAGUUGGAUUUUUGAUGACAAUGGAACAUUGAAGUGUCGAUGGACAUCAUCACUCUCAAACAUUAAAAACAAUUCUCCACCAAACCCUAACUGGAAGGUUUAUGACAUUGUGAAGAUCGUUGGACCAUCAAUUGGAGACUAUGAUCAAGCAAAUCAAUACAUCUCAGAUUACACAACGGGGGUCUCAGCAGCAGAGGACUCAAUUACUUAUUCAAUGACAGACCCUGCAGUUGUGGAAUUACCUGAGAAGAGAAAAAGGAAAAAUAAGCUCUGUGAUGAAAGUGACAUCAAUUCAGAGACAUCUUCCUGUGAAGAUGAUAUGAACUUGAAGCAGUCAGGAAAUGAAGUGAAGCAAUCUGGUCUGAAGUCAAGAAAUGUCCCACUGCCCAAACCUCCUAUAUACCAUGAUACUCUUCAGAGAAGUGGGAAAAAAGAUGAGGAUGAUCCCAAGCCCACAAGCUCUGAUGUCUCAGAAUUUCAUGAUCUUCAACAACAUCACAUGACUUAUAAAGAAAUUACAGUGCAAACCAGGAUACCAGAUGAUGUGCAUUUAAAGAAGUCAAGAAAUGCAAUGAAGCGAGUUGGUCUGAAGACAAAGAAUGUUCAGCUGGCCAAAACUCCCAGAUACCAUGUAGUCAAGAGUCCACUUAUUCAGAAAGCUCUGUGUGUCAAAACAUCUGGUGACUGUCUGGAUGAUAACAAUGAAAGCCCUGAUGACAGUUAUUUGAACUCAAGCCAGCCCAACCCAGUAUUCUUAGAUACUCUUCAGGGAAAUGUGGCAAUGCAUGAGGAUGAUCAUCCCAAAAGCUCUGCUUCUUCAGGGAAGGAACCAAAGGAAACAAAAUGCAAAGUCACCAUGGAGAAAUUGUUUGAUCUGAAUACUAAGAUACUCCAACAAAUUCAAAUGCUGGAACAGAGACAAGCUGUCAUCAUGAAUGACUUGGCAAAAGUUAAGUCUGUUCUCAUGAAGCGGGCAGAAGAAGAUGCCCAUGAGGAACUUUUUAAACAACAACAGUGCUCCAGCUUUGAAACGUUUGAAGCCUUCUGUCAGAGGCUUGAAGAAGACAAAAAUUAUCGAGAGCUUUAUGUACACUAUCUCAUCCAUACUCACGGCAGCUCCAAUAUAGGUGAGAUGGUGAGACAGACUUUAAAAAGCAUAGCGUCAGACAAUGUUCUCUGUCUGUAUAACAGAACGGGGAAAGAUGGGAAGAAGGUGUUGCCACCUGUGCUCCUGACAUGUUUGAAAAAAUGUGUCAGGUCUUUUCACAAACAAAAUGAAAUAGAGGUGAAGAAGCUAAAAGUAACCACCAGAACAACACCAGACGCGGAAUGUAUUCGCCAAGUAGAAUUUUUUUUGUCCAACGCCAACACCAGGCUGAAAAGGAAACCAAAUAAAGGAAAAAGCUGACUUUUUGUUUGAUUGUUUUUAUUGAUGGAAAUAAAGAAUGUGGGUGUAAAAGUUUGAGUUAACUGAAUCAUUUUAGAUAACAGUGAACUAACACAAUUAUUGCAUAGUGGUGUUAUAUGGUGAUCUUACAGUAUGAGCACACAGUGAUCACAGUAUGAGCACA